GCCCAUUCAACUGCCAAAUAUAUCCAUAGAUUCAUUCCCACCAUCUUCCCCCUUCCUUUCGCUCUCUUCCAUUUCUGGCCAUUUUCGUGCGUAUAAAGCACGCCCCUCUCUAUUAAAUCAUCGAUUUAGCGGAUUGAUUCUGGAUAUAUCUGUUGACCAGUCUUCAAGAAACUUGGUCCAUCAGAUAAUAUAAAUCACCCCUUCCUUUCAGUAUAUAUAUAUAUCUUCAAUUCUCCCUGCCUUUCUAUUGAUCUUAACUAAAAAAGAAUUGGUCGUCUUCUCGACAACUAUUAUUACUAUCAUAAAAAAACAACGGACGACAUUACAAUGUUGCCCAGUAAAAGCCGUGGGUUGUUCUUGUCUACAACGUUUGUAGUUGUGGUUUCAGUGGUAGUUGCUUUUGGGUUGGAAAUCUGUGUGGCUCAGAGUAAUAUUAGCAGAAAGAGUUUUCCAGGAGGAUUUGUUUUCGGAACUGCAUCUUCUGCUUACCAGUAUGAAGGAGCUGUGAAUGAAGACGGAAGGGGUAAAACUAUAUGGGACACCUUUGUUACUAAAAGAGGGAAAAUACUUGAUUCCAGUAAUGCUGAUGUUGCAUUAGAUCAAUAUCAUCGGUAUGAAGAAGAUGUUCAACUAAUGAAGGACAUGGGAAUGGAUGCAUAUAGAUUUUCUAUUGCUUGGUCAAGAAUUUUCCCCAAUGGAACGGGUGAAAUCAAUCAGGCUGGGGUUGAUCACUACAACAAACUCAUUAAUGCCUUACAGGCAAAAGGAAUUGAACCAUAUGUGACACUUUACCAUUGGGACCUUCCUCAAGCACUAGAAGAUAGAUACACUGGUUGGCUCAACCGACAAAUCAUAAACGAUUUUGCAGCAUAUGCAGAGACUUGUUUUCAGAAAUUCGGAGACAGGGUCAAACAUUGGAUAACCAUAAAUGAGCCGCAUACGAUUGCUAUACAGGGUUAUGACCUGGGGUUUCAGGCACCUGGCCGCUGCAGCAUACUCCUUCACCUCUUAUGUAAGGCCGGGAACUCUACAACCGAACCUUACAUUGUGGCUCACAACUUGCUCCUUGCCCAUGCAACCGCAACUCGCAUCUACAAAACUCAGUAUCAGCCAACACAACGCGGAAAGAUUGCAAUAUCAUUAGACACAUUCUGGUACGAAGCCCGAUCAAACUCCACCGAAGACGUUGAAGCCCAACAGCGAGCUCUUGACUUCAAAUUUGGCUGGUUUCUAGGGCCAUUAAUCAAGGGGGACUACCCUAGCUCAAUGAGAAACAGGAUAGGGAAUCGACUACCUAUAUUCUCUAAAGCCGAGUCUGCCCUUGUUAAGGGAUCUUUUGACUAUAUCGGUGUAAAUCACUAUACUACAUGGUAUGCAAGCAACAACAAAACCAACAUAGUGGGUACACUCCUCAAGGACACCAUUCCUGACUCUGGAGCUCUUACUCUCCCUUUCAAAGGUCUCAUACCAAUAGCAGAAAGGGCUAGUUCAAUAUGGUUGUACAUAGUCCCUCAUGGGAUAAGAAGCUUAAUGAAUUACAUCAAGGACAACUAUGGGAACCCUCCGGUCAUGAUCACUGAAAACGGAAUGGAUGACGCUAAGGGAGACGGUCUACAUGACAAGAAAAGAAUAAAGUACCACAAUGACUAUUUGACAAACUUGCUAGCUGCUAUCAAAGAGGAUGGUUGCAAUGUGCAAGGGUAUUUUGUUUGGUCAUUGUUGGAUAACUGGGAAUGGACAGCUGGAUACAAUUCAAGAUUUGGUCUCUUUUAUAUUGACUUUAAUAACAACCUGAAGAGAAUUCCUAAAGACUCUGUCAUGUGGUUCAAGACAUUUUUAGCUUCAAAAGUGUGAUUUAUCAUACGAAGUAUAUUUUACAGUGUCAUUUUUAUUAAUUAAUUAGUAUCUCCUACAGAAAACUUACAAAAAUGAUUACUCCUAGUAUUAUCUAAGUUCGUUUUCAUCCCAUAUUUCGAAUGCAAGUUACUUCUACUUUCAUUUCCUUUCUACUAAA